AUGGUGCACAUAUCCCUUCCAAGAGGCCUCAGCCAACUUGGAGGAAUAAAACACAAGGACAAAGAUCAGGGUGCCGGCGGUGCUGCUCCUGGUGGAAAUGGCAGCAGACGGCCCAGUCCUCCGGGACUUGGGAGUAAUAACAACAGCACUGUUGCCCUGGUCGAUCAGAAACCACUCAUCCUCAAAGUUUAUGUUAUAAAGGCGAGAAAUCUGGCACCCAAGGAUCGAUCUGGCACCUCUGACCCUUAUCUUGUGGUCACCCUCGGCAACGCAAAGCAGUCUACCCCCUCAAUCGCAAGAACUCUCAAUCCGGAAUGGAAGAUAUGCUUCGAUAUGCCUCUAACAGGCGUUCCCCUACUUGAAUGCAUGUGCUGGGACAAAGACCGCUUUGGCAAAGAUUACAUGGGCGAGUUUGAUAUCCCGAUUGAAGAUAUUUUCACCAAUGGGCAGAUCCAGACCCAGCCCAAAUGGUACAGGCUGAACUCGCGGAGACCAGCAAGCAAGAAACAGAGCAACGUCUCCGGAGAAGUGUACAUGCAAUUCUCUCUCGUCGACUCCGCGAACCCGUCUGCUAGUCCGGAUGAGAUUCGCAAAAAGUUUCAAGCCUAUCUUGGAGCCGAAGAAGAGGACGAUGAAUUGUCCCGGAUCUCCUCCAAUGCUGAUGAAUUGGCGGGAGACGAAGACUUCGACGAGCUUGGCGAGGAUCAGGAGGAAUCCGUCACCGAAACCGAAUCUCCGCAGAAACCAGAAACUGCUGACAAGAGAGCCAAGAAGAGAAGACUCGCCCGUCUCCGUCGCCGAUCGAUUGCGGCAAGAGCAUACAACUUCCUUUCAGAAGACAGCGAUGUCAAUGGCAUUAUUUUCCUGGAGAUUGUCAAGAUCAUCGAUCUACCACCUGAACGAAACAUGACCCGAACCUCUUUCGAUAUGGACCCCUUCGUGGUGACUGCGUUGGGUCGUAAGAUCUUACGAACAAAAGUGGUUCGGCACAACCUGAACCCGGUGUACAAUGAGAAAAUGGUCUUUCAGAUCAAGCGCAAUGAGGUCGGCUACUCCUUCACGUUCAGUGUGAUCGAUCGGGACAGCUUGUCUGGCAACGACUUUGUGGCUUCGACAUCAUUCCCCCUCCAGAAAAUGAUCCAAUCUGCUCCCAAGGAGGAUCCAGGUACUGGCCUCUAUGACCUUCCUGAGCCACCAGAGUAUUCGCCGGCAAUGCAGCAGAAGGGUAGAUUCCGCAUACCCUUGUCACGCACCACGUCGGCCAAUAGUCUAUCAAAGCUAUCAAGACCCGGGUUGAAGAAAGACGACUCUCAGAUAUCACUGUCCAGCACGAACAACAGCACAAGCAGUGACGACAUCAGUCGUCCUCCACCGCCAACCAGUAUACCUUCUGACGGCAACGGAAAUAAUCUGAAGGUGCCCACAGGCACUGACCCCCAACCAGCUCAGCCGAUAGAAGAUCCGACCAUGAUACCGUAUGUGAUUCCAUUGGAACUCAAAAACAAGGAUCGAUGGGAAGACAAGCAUAGCCCUGAGCUCCACAUCCGAGGAAGGUAUCUUCCUUACAAUGCGCUGAGGCAACAGUUCUGGAGAGCUAUGUUGAAGCAGUAUGACGUGGAUGACAGCAAGCGGAUCAGUAAAAUUGAAUUCACCACCAUGCUUGAUACGCUGGGGUCAACUCUGAAAGAAUCGACCAUUGACGGCUUCUUCAAGAGAUUCGCUGCCGAGAACGAAGAUGUUGGAGAGGUGGAUUUGACCUUCGACCAAGCAGUGAUGUGUCUCGAGGAACAGCUGCAAAAGAGUGGCGAAAAGAAGUCCCAGAUCGAGAAGAUCAAGAGCGCCGAAAUAUUCUCUUCGACACACAAGGAUGAUAUCCCCCAAAAGGCUCCCAACAACGAUGAAGUACCGAGCAUUACACAAGAAGCAACCGGGGCUGCGGGUGAGGAAGGAAAACUGCUCGGAAAUGACCUUGCUGACGAAGGGGACGAAGAGCACGUCAUCGAGAUCCGGGAGUGUCCAAUAUGCCACCAGCCGAAACUGAACAAGCGCACCGAAGCCGACAUCAUAACCCACAUUGCCACUUGUGCCAGCUCGGAUUGGAGGCAGGUCAACAACUUGGUGAUGGGUGGCUUCGUGACCCAAAGCCAAGCCCAGCGGAAGUGGUACUCUAAGGUCAUCACCAAGAUCAGCUACGGAGGCUACAAGCUGGGCGCUAACAGCGCGAAUAUUCUGGUACAGGACCGGAUCACGGGGCAGAUCAACGAAGAACGAAUGUCUGUGUACGUUCGUAUUGGCAUCCGCUUGCUCUAUAAGGGCUUGGGCGCUGGUGAAAUGGAAAAGAAACGAAUCAAAAAGAUGCUCCGCUCAUUAUCAAUUAAACAGGGCAAGAAGUUCGAUGACCCAGCCUCGGUGGCGCAAAUCCCUGGAUUCAUUGCGUUUCACCAGCUCGACAUGUCUGAAGUUCUACUACCAACUUCCGAGUUCAAGAAUUUCAAUGAAUUCUUCUAUCGCGCGUUGAAACCCAACGCUCGGCCGUGCAGUGCACCGGACCGACCUGAAAUCAUCGUCUCCCCAGCAGAUUGUCGCUCCGUUGUGUUCAAUACGAUUGAUGAAGCGACACGAAUCUGGGUCAAAGGCCGAGACUACUCGCUCGAGAAGUUAUUUGGCGAGGCGUACCCGCUAGAAGCGAAACGAUACAAGGGCGGGAGCAUGGGUAUUUUCAGACUUGCUCCUCAAGAUUAUCACCGUUUCCACGUCCCGGUCGACGGUACCUUGGGAACCCCAAAGGCCAUUGAAGGCGAGUACUAUACGGUCAAUCCCAUGGCUAUUCGAUCAGCAUUGGAUGUCUAUGGGGAGAACAUCAGAGUUUUGGUACCCAUCGACACUGUAGCGCAUGGCAGGGUCAUGUAUGUCUGCAUCGGUGCAAUGAUGGUUGGGUCAACGAUUAUUACUCGCAAACCCGGAGAGCGAGUCAAACGAGCCGAAGAGCUUGGUUAUUUCAAGUUUGGCGGCAGCACCAUACUCUUGUUUUUCGAACCGGGGAAAAUGGUAUACGACAAAGACCUGGUCGAUAACAGCCUUGGAGCGCUGGAGACAUUGCUCCGUGCCGGUACGUCCAUUGGACAUUCGCCAGAUGCCGAGCCACACAAGCCGGAUAUGAAAAAGGAUGAGAGCAGCAUUACAACGGAGGAUAGGCAGGAAGCCAGGCGGCGAAUUGCGGGCAGCAUAGCGCCUGACAUGGACAACUAUGGUAUAAUCCCUCCAGACACAGAGUCAGGCGAUGCAAUGAGCUAG